UUUCACCCCAACCUCUGAGUGAGACGAACGCCCCCCUCCCUCCAUGACUGCUGUUUAUCUGGUCCUAACGUGAGCACGGUCUCCGCUGAGCUCUGGACUGUGAAGACCUUCUCCUCAGGAGGAAUUUCGUCUUUGCUCCUCAAACACCGGAGAGAUGCCGCUGUCGCGCUCACUGUCCAUGACCUCCCUGAGCGGGGUGCUGCCGGCCUGGGAGGAGGACCAGCUGCCCGUGGAGGACCUGCUGCUCUUUGAGGUGGCCUGGGAGGUUGCCAACAAAGUUGGAGGGAUCUACACUGUCAUUCAGUCCAAGGCUAAGGUCACGGUGGAUGAAUGGGGAGAAAACUAUUUCAUGAUGGGGCCCUAUUUUGAGCACAACUUCAAAACCCAGGUGGAGGGCUGUGAGCCCCCCAACGCUGCCAUCCGCAAUGCAAUGGAUGCCCUCAUCCACAACGGCUGCCAGGUUCACUUUGGCCGCUGGCUGAUCGAGGGAAACCCUUUUGUGGUCCUGUUUGACAUCGGCUCAGCAGCCUGGAACCUGGACCGUUGGAAGGGUGACCUGUGGGACACCUGCCACAUUGGCUUACCGUUCCACGACCGAGAGGCCAACGACUCUCUUAUCCUGGGCUCCCUGAUCGCCUGGUUCCUCAGAGAGUUGACAAACCACCUCGAGGGCAAAAAAAACAUCAUCUGUCACUUCCACGAGUGGCAGGCCGGCCCCGGCCUCAUUCUGUCCCGCUCUCGAAAGAUUCCCAUGGCAACGAUCUUCACCACACAUGCCACCCUUCUUGGGAGAUACCUGUGUGCUGGGAAUGUGGACUUCUACAACAAUCUAGACAAGUUUGACAUUGAUAAGGAGGCUGGAGAGCGGCAGAUCUACCAUCGGUAUUGUUUGGAGCGCGCCGCCGUGCACUGUUCGCACGUCUUCACCACAGUCUCCCAGAUCACAGCAGUGGAGGCCAAUCACAUUCUUCACAGGAAACCAGAUAUCGUGACCCCCAAUGGGUUGAAUGUGAAGAAGUUUUCUGCCAUGCAUGAGUUUCAGAACCUGCACUCCAUCAACAAGGCCCGGAUUCAGGAGUUUGUUAGAGGACACUUCUAUGGUCAUCUUGACUUCAACUUGGACAAAACACUCUUCUUCUUCAUUGCUGGGCGAUAUGAGUUCACCAACAAAGGAGCUGACAUUUUCCUUGAGUCACUUUCCAGACUCAACUACCUUCUGCGGGUCCACAGGAAUGACAUGACCGUUGUAGUUUUCUUCAUCAUGCCUGCUAAAACCAACAACUUCAAUGUGGAGUCCUUAAAGGGCCAAGCUAUACGGAAACAGCUCUGGGACACGGCUCACACAGUGAAGGAAAAGUUUGGUAAAAAGCUCUAUGACGCUCUACUGAAAGGACAUAUUCCAGACAUGAACAACAUUCUGGACCGAGACGACUUCACAAUCAUGAAGAGAGCCAUCUUUGCUACUCAGAGACACAGCCUUCCACCAGUGACCACCCACAACAUGGAGGACGACUCCACAGACCCCAUCCUGUCCAACGUCCGCCGCAUCGGCCUCUUCAACUCCAGGAAUGACCGCGUCAAGAUCAUCUUCCACCCAGAGUUCUUGUCUUCCACCAGCCCGCUGCUACCCAUGGACUAUGAUGACUUUGUCCGUGGCUGCAACCUGGGAGUGUUUCCUUCUUACUAUGAACCAUGGGGAUACACACCUGGUGAGUGCACAGUUAUGGGGAUUCCCAGUGUGACCACAAACCUAUCAGGUUUUGGCUGCUUCAUGGAAGAGCACAUCUCUGACCCUACUGCCUAUGGUAUCUACAUUGUGGACCGCCGGUUCAAAUCCCCAGAGGAGUCCUGCAACCAGCUGACCCAGUUCAUGUUUAGCUUUUGCCAGCAGUCCCGGCGCCAGCGGAUCAUCCAGCGGAACAGAACUGAGAGACUAUCCGACCUGCUGGACUGGAGAUACCUUGGACGGUUCUACGUUCACGCCCGCCAACUGGCCCUGAGUAGAGCUUUCCCGGACAAGUUCAAAAUGGACACCAUCUUAAAGACUGAAGGUUUUCGAUACCCAAGACCCUACUCCGUGCCACCCUCCCCCUCCGCCUCCCUCCACUCCACCCCCCACCACAGUGACGCUGAAGAUGAGGACGAUGACGCAUACGAUGAAGAGGAGGAGGCAGAGAGGGACCGGGUGAAUAUCAAGGCUCCAUUCGCACUGGGCGCGGUUCCGGAUGGGGAGAAGCAGCCGGGAGAGUCCAGGAACUGAAGAGGACUGGGAUCACAUCUGAGUGCACCCUCCAUCCCCCACCCCACCCCACCCAGGUGUUUAAAUGAAGUUAAAUUCUACUUCAUUUGUAUAGCAUUUAUCCUGCUACAAAGCAUUUUAAAAGUGCUUUCCAUGAUAAAAUAGGUAAUAGUAAGAUUUUUUUUAAAUAGUUGUUAAAAUAGCAAACACAUUAAAAAAAAUAGAUACAAAAAGAUACAUUCUAAGUUUUUUCUUAAAAACCUCCACAGUGGCUGAGGCCCUCACGCCCUCAGGCAGGCUGUUCCACAGGCGAGGCCCACAGUGCUGAAAUGAGGCCUCGCCGUGGGUUUUAGUUCUGACCUUGGGACCACCAGCAGACCUGCACUUGCAGACCUGAGGGCUCUGGGAGGGUCACAAACUAAAAGUAAAUCUGAUAAAAAUGAGGGUCCAGUUCCAAUUAAAUUUUUAGAAACGAAUAAAAGAACCUUAAAAUCGAUCCUAAAGCUGACUGGGAGCCAGUGCAAAGACUUCAAAAUUGGAGUAAUGUGCUCCUUCUUUCUGGUUCUAGUUAAAAGUUAUGCAGCCGAAUUUUGAACAAGCUGCAGCCGGUUGAUAGUAUUCUCUUAACACCAGAAAGAAGAGCAUUACAAUAGUCUAUCCUAGAUGUUAUAAAAGCAUGGAUUAAUAUUUCAGCACUGGCUUUGGAGAGAAAGGGUCUCACUCGGGCAAUAUUUCUAAGAUGAUUUAUGGUCUUUGCAAACUGGUUUGCUUGUGCUUCUAAGGUAAUAUCUGCAUCUAAAAUUACACAGAUGUUUCUGACUUUACUGGACGCAUUUGGGUUAAAAGUUGAUAAGAAGGAUUGGACCCUUUCUCUCUCAGUUUCAGGACCAUCAAUUAAAAACUCUGUUUUGUUUUGUUUUGUCAUGAUUGAGCUUUAAGAGUUCAGUACCAUCCAAGUUUCAAUAUAUAAAACACAACUUAAAAGGUCAUCAAUAGGUUCCAAAUCAUCAGGCGACAAAAUAGCCACAAAUAACUGGGUGUCAUCAGCAUAGCUACGAAAUUAUGCCAUGUUUCCUGAUGACAUCACCAAGCGGAAGUAUAUAAAGGUUAAAAAGGUUAGGACCAAGGACGGAACAUUGUGGCACACCACGUCAGUCUGUGCCUCCCUGAUGACGAAUCACUUACGGUGACAUUAAAAUCUCUUCCUGUGAGGUAGGACUCAAACCAGCUGAGUACUAUUCCAGUGAUUUCAACCAUGUCAUGUAGUCUGUUUAAAAGAAUGGAGUAGUCAACUGUGUUGAAGGCUGCACUCAGGUCCAGCAAUACAAAAACUGUGCCAUUGUUGGACCUGAGAUCAUUUAUAACCUUGACCAGGGCAAUCUCUGUAGAGUGAUGGGGUCCAAAACCAAACUGAAUUUUUUCUAAAACAUUAUUUUUAUUAAUAAUAUCAUAAAUAAAAUGAUGAAAUGAUGGAAAACUAGUAUUCUAAAAUCUUACUUAAAAACAGCAGGUUUGACACUGGUCUGUAAUUCUAGUCUAGAUUGGAUCGAUCUAAACCACUCUUCAUAUUGGGGGGUUCACCAUUACAGUCUUUAGGGACACAGGAGUGAUCCCUGUCUGAAGAGAGCAGUUAACGAUGCUUGAUACUUGCUGCUCAUCCCUUCUUGACCUUUCCCACUACCCCCCCCCCCUCCAGUGCAUUGUCUGGAGAUGCGCUUUGCAGUUACAGUCUUGGGUAGAUCCACAGGUACCCUUGUAUCUACACAUUGUAGAUAAGCAGUGUAGAGAUACUACUUUUUUUUUACACUGAUAUGCCCCCCCACCCCCAUAUUGUAAACCAUCUACACCCUUGCUGAGCAAACUGCACCUAACAUGGUUGUGCCUCAGUCAACUUUGAACUGUAUGUGCGUAUUUCUGUUGUGUGUCUGAUCUCGUACGGGUUGUACUGAAACAACGUUUCGUAUGUCAGAGUAAGCUGUGCAUUAAACAAUAGACCUCUGUUCUAUUCUAUUCCUAAGCUUUGCAGCACCAAUUAAGCCAAAACUCUCUAGCGUGUUCUCACAAGCCAAAUGGAAUACAAUGGAAUGACCUGUUAGUGGUCAUUGGGUGAUAUUAAAUCUAAUGUUAUUUUUCUUAUUAGUGAAGUGGGCUGAGAACUUUUCACAUUUUGAACUGAGAAUAAAACAUGGACUGGAAGUGAUUGGGUUGAUCAAUCAGUCUAUGGUUGAAAAAAGAAUCUUUGGUUUAGAAUUGUCAGAAGUCAGAGCUCUGUCUCCCCCCUGUUCAAGCCACACUACAACUCCCAGCAAUCCCAGCGCAUACUUCCUGGAAGCCGCACACCUGACUCUCCUUCAUUCAAUCAAUAACAGCAUACUUAAGCUCUGCACUAAGUGAGGCUCAGUGUGAAGUGUUGUUUGUGUUAUGUUAGCUUCAUUAGCUUAACACUGGACUGACAUAAACCAGACCACAUGUUACUCUCACGUCAGUAGUUUAUUCUGUGUUCACUGAAUUUCCGACAACAAAUAAUACUUGGCUUUAUCCAACUGUUUGUGCCACUCUGCCUUCCUUAUAGAGCGUUAUAUUUGGACCUGGUCUUCUGUCUCCUGACCCUGUUUCUGACUCUGACUCUGUUUGCCUGCCGCCUGCACUGACUCUUGCCUGGAUUUUGACCCUCAUUUAGCUUUGUCGACUUUUAGCUGAACUAAUAAACCUGCUGCAUUUUGAUCCAGCUGUCUGCCUGUUCUUGUGACAAGAAUUGCCUGCUGUUAAUUUUAAAUAACAUUUCUGUUUUGUGUGUUUAAUAAAGUUAUUGUGUCAUGUUA